AUGAUCUUCAGCGAUGAGGGUGAAAAUAUUUUGAAAAAUAAUGGGCUCAUUGUUGAUGAAAAUACAACAACAUCAUCAACGUAUGAUUUACAUAACUUCGUCCUGUCGUAUUAUGGUUCCAUUCGAACGUUCAAUAAAGAACUUAAAUCAGGCUCCUUGGCUGCUAAUAUCGGCCGGCUGACUAUUAGUUGUCUUAGUACUAGUGAGCCAAUCAUUCGAAUGUUAGCCCGUCGCUUUAGCGGAGGCCAGACUUGCCCUAUGCUUGAAAGAUUUACUAUUCUAUAUGCAGAAACAAAACCAAAGUAUUCUUUCCAACGUUCAACGGCGACAGUUCAUAAAAUGGCAUCAUUAUCUCAAUUUGUCAUGGUUCUUGGUCAGAUACAUGAUAUUGAUUUUUACUUCGACAAUGAUGCUGAGAAUCUGUAUGCUUUAUAUGGCGAUUCAUUGACCUUCGCCAUGAAACAGCACGAACGAAAUGCACCGUGGCUGAGUACACGAUUUGGAAAAAGCAGAGAUCACUCACUUCGAUUAUGUGCCUUAUUACAAGGCCUAGAAAUGGCAGCGGUAAUGCCUCCAAAGCGACAACAGUCAAAAUGCAACGCAGCAUCGUCCAAUACACUGGCAAGAAAAAAUGCUGAAAUCUGUAAUCCGAAAAGUACAAACAGCUCCGAAGACACCUCAGCGGAGCAAUCGUUUCCAGAAUCUCCCUCACCUAAACCCAUUAAAAGAGCAAGAAAAGCGAAACAGCCACGAAGCAAAAAAGCAACACCGAGCACGUUACCCAGCAUUGAAAGUCCAGUUAAUAACAACGAUCUAGACACAGCAUCACUCUCCAAGCGAAUAGAAUCUCACUCUUCGAUUCAACUAACACCCGAUAUUAUCAGUCCACCUCAUCCUAUCCCGAACAGCCAAGGCGAGCCAAGUGAUGUUCCACAACCAAUUUUUCCAUCAUUAGCCAAUAACGAUGACACCAACAAUCCCGACAGAGACGACGACGACAACUUCGCUAAUCAAACCAAUCCUUCUCCUGACAAAAAUAGUCAACCGAGUCAAGCACCAAUCAAUCAUUCCACAGUAGUCCACUCAGCUCAAUCAGCAGAUCUUUAUCAUCAAGUUGACGAUGACACAAUUGCAUCUAUCGAACCAACGAUCACCGAUCCAUUCCGAUUCGAUUUUACCAAGCGAGACGUGAAACACCUCCUUCGCCCACCUACUGUCAUACAAACCACGCCCACCAAAACUACAAUCACAUGA